AAAUCCCUUUUGUUUUUCUAUGAAUUUUCUAUAAAUAUAUAUAAAUACAAAUUGCUUACGAAAUUUCACCAAAUAAGUUGCAAAGAAAACAGUUCCUUAGACUAAAAUAUGUAUAUGUGAGGUGCAAAUAAAACAAAGAAAAUGGAAAAUCUCUCUUUGUCGAAUUCGACACACGUAGUGAUAACUUCAGCCCAAAUGAUGUCCACAAUGAACACAACGCAGCAGCAACAGAUUGUAAGCAUGAGCGACAUAGCCGAAUUGCCGCAAGAAAUACAGGAGGAGAUUGUGUCAAUGCCCAAAGAGAUGAUAUUGAUUACGUUAGUGUCACAAGAACAAGCUCUGUACAAUCCCAAGCACACGAAUUAUCGCAACACACAACGGAAAGAUCAGAAGUGGCUGGAAAUUGCGGAAAGUGUUGGUUGGCCCGAGAGUCAGUGCAAAGCAAAAUGGAAAGCAAUGCGUGAUCAAUACUGCCGGGAAUUGAAAAGAUCCAAAUUCAAUGUUAAAGCCAAUGUCAAAUGGAAAUAUUUUAAGGAUUUAGAAUUUUUAAGACCAUAUGCUCUCUCAAGAAAUUAUCGUCCACGUUGUGUCAACAACAAUAAUACCAUUAAUAGUAAUAAAAAUAAUAAUAAUACUACUUUAGGAAGUUUGUUUCAAAACAAUAGUAACAACAUCAAUUGCAACAAUUUAAAUAACGAUCGGAAUAAGUAUACGGAAAUUAAAAUCGACUUCACAACACCAACAGCGCAACAGCAACAAACUCAACUUAAAACGGAAACGAAUCGUCUUAUGCCCUUAUCUGCUAACGACACUUUAAGCGCUGUUAUGCAGCAGCAUCAAGACGAUGGAAAUUGGAAUUAUUUACCACAAAUACGUGGUAGCAAUCAGAAUCCCUUGGAUGCCAAUAACUCAUUACAACAGGAACAACAAUCAAUCAGCACAACAGAUGAUGUCUUCUAUAAUGCAAUUGUGGAUUGCGUUGCCGCAGCUGCAGAUCAGUUGCCGCAGCAGCAACAGCAGCAGUUAAAUCAACAACAGGAUGCACAACAACAGCAGGGCACGGAGGAAGAAGAUGAUGAUCCCUUACAUACAUUUUUAAAUAUGGAAAGUUAUUUUGAGAAGGAAUUAAUCUUAUUGAUACAACAAGAAGAUAUACUCUACAAUAGUUUUCAUCCGGGUUAUCGAAAUAUCAAGCUGAAAAUGGAUUCCUGGGAUGAAAUAGCUAGAAAAUUAAAAAAGACCAUUAAACAAUGUCGCCUGAAAUGGAAAGCAUUGCGUGAUCAAUACAUACGUGAACAUAAACGUUUAAAAAAUCGUGAAAAUGCUGAGUUGCUGCCACGCUGGAAACACUAUGAUGCACUCAACUUUUUACAAAAGUUUAUAAAGCAUAAAUCAAAUGAAUUUGAAACUAAAAAUUUGAUACAAAUACCAAAAGCUGAGUUGGAUGAUGAUAUGGAUGAUAAUAUGAUCGGAGCAAGCUCUCCUUUACGUUCUCCAAUCGAUGGCAGUGAAAUCAAAAACGAUUUACAACAAACUCAUAUACAUUUACCGCCAUUACCUUCCCUGUCUGGACCACAUGCACAAAGUCGACAACAUCAUCAUCAGCAACAAACAACAAUAUCGAGACAAACAAAUUUAAAUCAUCACCAACAACAACAGGAACAUCAACAGUUGCAACAGCAAAGCAGUAGGCAUGAGGAUAAUAUAUGUGUUGUUAAUGGCACUGAUAGUGUUGUGAGCGGGUAUGAUGAAAUGGAUAUUGAUAAUUAUAUUAUUGGUGAUGAAAGUAAUGGUCCACAUGAAGAUGUUGAGGAAGAUGAAGACCAUAAGUCACAACAACAAUUUCCUGACUAUACAAACACCUCUAAUGAAAAUAACGAACUUGAUGAGGAAGAAGAUUUUAAGGAUAUAAAAACAAAUGCCGCAAAUUUAGUUACGAUAACGCAACAUGCACAACUCUUGCAGCACCAACAACAAAAUACUCAACAACAACAACAAGCAAAUCAAGAUGAACAUAUAUUACCUAUUGAUGUGACAGAUGUUGCUGCACUGGCAACAACAGAAGAAUCACUACACACUACUCAUCAGGAUUUUAACUUGGACACACCGACACAUCCACAACCACAAUCACUUCUUAAUGGUGCAGCAACUAAUAGUAAUAGCGUUCCUAGUGAUAUAGUCAAUUUGAAUCACUUAACCUUAAAAGCAACGAACAAUAGUAAUGUAAGUGGAACAACAUCCUCAACUAUUGAAGAAGACGAUGAAGUUGGAGUUUUCUUCAAGGCAGUUGCCAUGAAAAUCCGUAAUGCAAAACUAUCACCUGUUGCAUUUACCGACCUCCAGAUCAAUAUACUACAAGUAAUCAACGGCUCACUGCGCAAUCAUUGAAUGUUGUCCAUCGGAUUUAAAUGAAAAAGGUUGAGUUAUCUAUUUUUUUUAAUAAUUUUUUUUUUUGUUGUAUACUAAUAUUUUCAAGGAUUAUGUUGUUUAUAGUUAAUAGGUGCAUUAUGAAUGAAUGAAUU